AAAACUGUUGUCUGUUGCAUGUCACCUUAGUUUUGACAUUUCCUUGUCAACAAAAUAAAAAUAUGGUUGAAGUGACAACCCUGUAAUUUAUUGAAGCUUUGAGCAAUAUGAUUCUUGUUCAAACAUUUCAUCUGUCUUUAUCAAGAAGUCUGGGCUAUAAUGUGAGGUGUGAGUGAUGUCUUCCCCUUCCCCAACUCCAGUUAGGGCCAUCUAUGGCUUCGUCCUCUACCUCUCAGCAUAUGUUGCAUUUGUGGCUUAUGUGAUAUGGGCAUAUUUCCCAGAGAGCUGGCUGGAAGCUAUCGGGUUUUCCUAUUUACCACAGAAAUAUUGGGCAGUGGCUGUACCAUGCUAUCUGUGUGUGCUGUGGCUGCUGGCGUACCCAGCCUGGUUUGGAUAUAUUCACCUCUGCACACCACCCGUGGACUCACUUCUUUAUGUCACAGAUGAGUUUGCAAACCCUGCCAAUGAAGACCCAGUACCAGCGAACAGUACUCCACAAAUAUCAGACCUUUCAGUCUCACAAGUUAAUAGACAACUGUACUUGUGAUGUGGUAGUAUGCAUCUGACACGACAUUAAUUGUUACUGAUAUUUUACACAGUAUGAGGCAGUGAUAUAAUACUUGAGGUGUGAGCAAUAUGUGAACUAGAGAACAGUGAGGAACAUGUAAACCAGAACAUAAGGCCAGUGAAACUGAUGAAACAGAGCAUGAAGUGUGAGAAACCUGUGAACCAGAGAACAAGAUGUGAGGAAUCCGUUAACCAAAGAAAAAUGUGAAAGGAACCAGAGAACAAGGUGUGAGGAAUUGGACAAAGUGAGAGGUAUGGGUAAAGUUGUGGCACCAAUGAGCUAGAAAACAAAGUGGAGGAACUGGUAAAACAUAGAUAGAGGUGUGAGGAGAUGGCGAACCUGAGAACAUAAUGGGGUGCUGCAGUCAAGAAAAAAUUAGCAAACUGAUACUAUAUCUAUACAUUUACAUGGACUCAUCCAUGUACAUAAACUAAUGGAUAUUUUAACCUUUAUUGAAUAUAUUGGAACCAUCACGUGAUAAUGUCAGUCAACCAAUUGCGCUACAGCCUUUUGCUGAAAAGUCUUUUUAAAUCAUUGACUUCAAAGACAAUAUAAAAAGAGCAUAAUUUGUUUUUUAUAUGAACAGUUGUUGAAGGGUCCAAACAGUCAGUAUCUUAGGCUUAACACUCCUAAUGAUUUGCCACACUUUAUUUCAUAAUAUAUUUUUUCCUGUAAAAAGUGCUACCAAAAGUGGGCAGGGUGCAGCUACCUUCUAAAACUCUUCUGCUUAAACCCUAUUUAUUAAUACAGAAAUGCAGAUGAUAUUCAAAAUCUGAAAGACCUAUUAAAACUUUUAUGAUAUGAUCAAAUGUUCCUAAACUUGCAACACUAUUUGAUGUAAAUGGUUAUUUAAGUGUCUCUGUAUAUUAUGGUUGUGCCAAUAACAUAUGUUUGAAAAUUUGUCACUCAACCAUAACUCAUUGUUGACCAUGCAUAUUAUGUCUUUCCUUGAUGACUAGGGUAAUAUGUUUUACAACAAUAAUAAAAAGAUACCAAUU